AAGAUCCCCUUUAUACAUUUACCCUACAACAUCAGAACAAGCUGUAACUAACAUUACUUUAAUACAGCUGUUUAUUUUCCAUCUGAGGAAUUGGGUGUAGAACAGGAGAUAUUAAGAUACAGAAAAUUUCAAUUAAUCACGGAAUCUGUUUAUUCACAUAAAAGAUUUGGAUGCACACAAAUAUGAAAAGCCUCCCAAAUGAGCUUGUAUAGCUCGUACAGCUUGUUUCACCCUGUCAGUCCUGUCUUUUACUUUGGCAUUUCCUGGUUCUCAUACAGAAGCCACGCUGCAGCUGGAAUGGGAUCAGCAUUCAAGGCACAUUUUAUUGUCACAGUUUUUGUUUCGCCUGCCCAUAAUUUAUUAGCAGGGGUAUUUUCAUGUUGUAAAACAUAAAUAGCCUAUACAUGCAACAGCAAUUUAAUUAAAUGCCUGUAUGCAUAUAAUUUUCCUUAUGGGGUUUUGGACCAUGAAAUCCCGAAAUAUCUUAAUUUCCACUUUAUGUCAGCAGAGGUUUUAUUUGGAUGAUGUUGUCGUCUAUAAACUACAUCUUGGGUCACAGAUAUUCACACAUUCUCAUGUCAUGUCUUAGUUACAGUUACUGGCAGCCUAUUACUUCUCAAUAUCCAGCAGUGGGCGUUUACCAGCCCGAACCAAACUGAAGAAGGGGAGUCGCAGGAUUAUACCAAUUUAAAAAGACACAUUUGGGGCAUGGAGAUCCCAGGCAGUAGGUCAUUCAGUUCUAAAAUUAGAGGCAGCUCCUUCCGCCACAUCAGCCAAACUGCGAUCUAUAAAGUCAUGUAGACCAGGGGAUACGCGAUCAGAGCUGGCUCUAAAGACAAGUUUUCCAUGGGUGACAUUUAACGCUGCACGUUGACUAAAGGAGGCUCUGUGCUCAAGAACAGCGCUGUCACUGCUGCGCAAAGCAUGAGUAGGCCUGUUUGAUAGUGCUUUUUGGAGACGCCAUAUGCACUAUCUUCAGCGCAGCUUCCUCGAGUGUGCACAAAUGCAACAAUGUCUUUUUUAACCAUACCAACCCAAGAAGGUCUUUUUGCUACUAUUAAAACUGGCACAUCAGCUGAGGAGGCAAAGACUCGAUCACCCAUGGAUAACAAGGAGAAUAAUACUGAUGAUGAAGAAGAAGAUGAGGACACUGAGGACGUCCGCUUCAUCCCACGGUGCUCCCCGGUGCCCAGAAAGCGAGGCCAGUCGAUCAACGACGAGACUGCCGAGUAUAUGCGGAUCCAUUUGGCGCUGUCUGGCGAAAAGAGAGUGUCGUUUGCCGAUACAACAGGUGGCGAUCUGCUGGACGUGAAGGAAUUUUUUGCCUUUGAUUCGGACGAGGAAGAGGACACUAAGAAGUGGGAGGAAGAGGAGUUGAAGUACCGAAAGCCAGAGCGAGAGCUGACCUAUCAUGUGCACCCAGAGUUUAACGCACCAGUCGGCAGCGCGCUGCUGCAGGCUGUGCACGCAAAUAAAGUGGAGGUUGAGCAGAUGUCUCCAGUAGACAAUGAGCCACUGACCUUCACUGGGGUGGUACGAGUCCUGAACAUCUCCUUCCACAAGGCAGUUUAUAUUAGAGCUACCAUGGACAACUGGGCUACUUACUUUGACCACCCUGCAGAGUAUGUCCAGGGAUCUCAUGAUGGGGACACUGAUCAGUUCUCCUUCAAGCUGUCUUUUGCACCACCUUAUACCACACAUGGCUCUAGCAUUGAGUUUGUCAUUCGCUAUGAGACCUCUGUUGGGGAUUUCUGGGCUAAUAACUCCUCUAUGAAUUAUGUAGUAACUCUGCUCGUGUCCAGUGAAGAUAUUUCAGCUCAAACUAACAUCGACAUGCAACAAAUAAAAGGUAUCCUCAAACCUCCAAAAGCUUACAGUAUGGAUGAUGUUUUUGAUUCAGAGGACGAGCAGGAAAAUGAAGAAGCAGAAGAAGCAGGGACCUCGAGGUCAGGACUCAUCAGACCUCCACCUGUCCCCCACCCAGACAUCAUACAGCCGGAGAUUGAUGUGGAGAUUGCAGUUCACCCAUCUGGUCCUUCUGUCCCACCCAACCAAGAGUUUCCAUCUGUUGAUGGGACACUGUCUACUCAAACUGUAUCCCCAGGUGAACAUGUCCCUUGUAUGUCUCCUGAAACCACACUUCAAACUAAGUCAUCCCUUGUACUGUGUGCCAGUGAACCAGUCCAGUCAAAGUCACAGCCCUUACCCAGACUCCUCUGUGAAUUAGGCAACCAGACGUCAGAGCAGCCCAUAGACAGUAGUCUCUCUGCAAUGCUGCCUUCUCUACCACAGGAGUCAAGCCUGAAAUCAGACGACUCUCUGGCUGGUGGAGAGCAAAUCCCUUCUUCAGAGGGCUCAUGCAUACAUCUCCCUACCACAGAGAUGGAUCUGUGGCCAUCAGGAGAGGAGAAAUCAAGUUGCUCUUGUCUUGAACUGCCCACUGAGUGUGUCUCUGCUCCUAGUGCAGCUCAGGGCACUGAGCCAGAGGCUGCUGUGGGAUUGUGUGAAGUUGCUGCAGGAUUAUCAGAAGGUUUCACCAGGUUUGCACAGCAUCAUGAAGGCAGUAUGCCUGGACUCUUGUCUCCUGUGGCUGAGAGUCAGGCAUUUCUAGGAGAAGAAAGUGAAGCUCGAUCACCUGAACUCACAGAGAGUGCCUCAGUGGUUUCAGGUGUAACUGAGGAAACCCAGAACCAGGCAGAGAGUCAGGCAUUUCUAGGAGAAGAAAGUGAAGCUCGAUCACCUGAACUCACAGAGAGUGCCUCAGUGGUUUCAGGUGUAACUGAGGAAACCCAGAACCAGGCAGAGAGUCAGGCAUUUCUAGGAGAAGAAAGUGAAGCUCGAUCACCUGAACUCACAGAGAGUGCCUCAGUGGUUUCAGGUGUAACUGAGGAAACCCAGAACCAGGCAGAGAGUCAGGCAUUUCUAGGAGAAGAAAGUGAAGCUCGAUCACCUGAACUCACAGAGAGUGCCUCAGUGGUUUCAGGUGUAACUGAGGAAACCCAGAACCAGGCAGAGAGUCAGGCAUUUCUAGGAGAAGAAAGUGAAGCUCGAUCACCUGAACUCACAGAGAGUGCCUCAGUGGUUUCAGGUGUAACUGAGGAAACCCAGAACCAGGCAGAGAGUCAGGCAUUUCUAGGAGAAGAAAGUGAAGCUCGAUCACCUGAACUCACAGAGAGUGCCUCAGUGGUUUCAGGUGUAACUGAGGAAACCCAGAACCAGGCAGAGAGUCAGGCAUUUCUAGGAGAAGAUGGUGAAGCUCCACUAUCACUUGAACUCACUGAGGCAUUCUCUGUGAGUUCAGGUUUCAUUGAGGAGACCCAGAACCAGGAAGAGAGUCAGGCAUUUCUAGGAGAAGCAGGUGAAGUUCCACCAUCACCUGAAAUCACAGAGAAAAUCUUGGGGAGUGCAGGUGUCAUUGAGCAGACCCGGAACCUAGCUCUUCAUUCUGUCUCAACCCAGGAAGACAAGGAAGAUGCUCCCCAGAUUUCCCCUGACACAUUAGAGAAUUUACCAGACACAUCUUCAGAUAUUUCCGAGCCCCAGCCUGAGCACAGUAUAACCAGGAGUCUGAUGCCAUCCAUCAUCUUCCUGAGUGGGGUUGUCUCCCUCUCAAUAGUGAUGCAGGAACCCAGUACCCUCUUCUUCAUUGGACUGCUUCUGGUCUUGCACCGUUUGUGAUUAAUCCACAAAGGUUUAUUCUGCUCUACUUCCAAGUUAAGUGCCUUUUCAUGACUCCAAACCAAGCCAUCAGAUUAAAAACACACGUUUCCUGUUCAAGUUGUAUAUCACUGUGAGUUUGCUGAUUAAUAUACAUUUUCAUCAAAUGAAAGGCAUUUUGGGUAGUUUAUUUCCAUGUAAAGUCAAAUUGCAAAGAGAAAAUAUAAAUAAUAAAAUAAAAAUGUGUUCACUCUAGUAUUAAAUCACUGUAUAAUAACAGAGAAGAUAUUUAAUUACUUUUUCUUGUCAUGUGGAAAUGUGUAUGUGGUGUUAUAACCUGAUUUAUUCAAUCAAUACUAUAAUGCACUUGUUUUUUGGGGGGGGCACUGUUGUCUCACAACAGAAAGGUUUGGGGCGUGAUCCUGGUGGCCGACCGGGGCCUUUCUGUGUGCAGUUCGUACGUUCUCCCAUGUCUGUGUGGGUUUCAGCUUCCUCCUACAAACCACAGACAUUCAGGUUAGGAUGACUGGUGACUCUUAAGUUGUUCGUAGGUUUGAAUGUAAGUGUGAGUGGUUCUCUGUGCUAUGUGCCAGUGCUGCGAAUCUGUCCGGGGUGUACCUCACCUCUCGCCCAGUGUCAGCUGUGACUGGCCAUCUCGUGACCAGUCGCUGCAGGACUGCAGGAUAUGCUGCAGGAUAAGCAACAUAGACAAUGGAUGGAUGGAUCCUGCCAGUGUAGUCAAGGUUAUUACCAAAGUGGGACAUUAAAGAGACCUGAUAUACAAAUGGAAAUUUGUUUAUGAGAUGCAAAAGCAAGACAUGGUUGUGUGAAGUUGCCUUAAUGCGUAAAGAAACAUGAACCUGACUACCUUCUAUAAACAGUAUAUUGACAUGGAUGCUGAUCCAUGGACAAAACAAGAGGAAAGCUGUAAAAGUAAUAUUUAUCACCAGAGAACACCAGCCUCCUUACUAUUGCACACUGCAUUUGAUGUUUAUUCCUGUAUGUAAACCCACAUUAUUGCUGUAGCACAACACAACAUUUUAAUGCACUGUUAUGACAACCUCACAAGCAGAAUGGAGCACUGAAUGACAUGUUUGAAGUGAUCAAAGUUUUUGCAGUGUGUUGCCAUUAAACUUGAUCUUAUG